AAAGCUGACUUGACUUUGACUUGACUACAUUAAAAUCAAACUUAAAUUAACUUCAUUGGUAUGACAUCGGUAGAAAUUAACAAUUACAGAGAUAAUAAGUGAUGAGUGUGAAGUCUGACCUUCAAGGCCAAAGCUUAUGAAGUCAUCACGCAUUCUGCUGAUGGGUGUGCAAUAAGAAGAGCGCAAUCAUUGCAAACCUUCCAUUCUAAUCAGCUCGUCUGAUAACGUGAGCGGACACACACGUGCAACACGACUGGCCAACGCAUUGGUCCAAUGUGGGAACGCACCUUUGUCCACAUGCACCCUGACCUGGACUGGCGACCAGUCCAUUGUUUCUUCACAUGUGUCGUGACAUUGAGUGGUGACCAGUACAGAGUCUGCCCUACGUGCAGGUUUUCCCGUGUGUGUGAUGGCAAUGCAUGCAAAUUUCAAUCAAAGCGCAUUGCCAGUCCAAGGUCUGCUUGAAGACAUCAGCAUAUUGCAAUCAGCCUGUCAAUCGUUAACGAGCACCGCCCUCCUCCAAGCCACUCGGCUGCCGCGAAUGCUCACAACAGCAACAUCAUGGCGAGCGCCAGGCUGCGACCCGUCUUCCUUCUCCUCCUCAUCGUCCUCUUGGCCCGGGCCGCCAUGAAGCCGCCCAGGUGCCGAAGCGGUGUGGGGAGCAAGAAGCGCCUCCUGCUGAUCUCCUUCGACGGCUUCCGUUGGGACUACGAUCAGGAUGUGGACACGCCCAACCUGGACCGGCUGGCACGGGAUGGCGUCAAGGCCAAGUACAUCACGCCGCCCAUGCUCACCAUGACCUCACCGUCGCACUUUACCACCAUCACAGGCCGCUGGGUGGAGGAUCACGAGGUGGUCCACAACAUGAUGUUCAACACGCAGACCAACCAGAAGGUCCCUCACAAGGAUACCCUGAGGCGCUCCGAGUGGUGGGACAAUGGCGUUUUGCCGCUCUGGAUCACGGCGCAGAACCAGGGUCUGAAGACGGCCUCUUUCUACUACCCCGGAGGUGGCGCCAACUACAGCGGACAGGCGGUGAAUCGGGCCGUUGUGGAGGAGUCGGGCCACCCCGAUGACAACGAGACUGAGUGGCGGCAAAACAUUGACACGGUUCUGAGCUGGUUCUCUAAGGAGGACUUUGACCUGGUCACCCUGUACUACGGUGAGCCCGACAACGUGGGCCAUGCCCGGGGCCCCGACCACCCGGACCGGAAGGCCAUCAUCCGGCAGAUCGAUCGUACAGUGGGUUACCUGCGGGAUGCCAUUGGGCUCCACGGGCUGGACGCCACCCUCAACGUCAUCAUCACUUCUGACCACGGCAUGACCACUGUCAAGAAGCGCCCUCUGGUGGAUGAGAUCGUGCUCAACAAGUACUUGAAUCUGCUCAAGAUGGCCAGCUUUGAGAUUCUGGACUACGGAGGCUUCGGAAUCCUGACCCCGUGGCCCGGAAAGGAGCAGGAAGUAUUGGAGGCCCUGGCGAAGGCUCCUAACCUGACCGUUUACAGGAAGGGUGACAUGCCCGAGAGUUUCCACCUGGCCAGGAGCGGACGCCUGCCACCCGUCGUCAUCAUAGCAGAUCUUGGCUUCAACCUCAACUCGAGAUUCAUCGUGUAUGUGAACAAAGGCGAUCACGGCUUCCAUAACGGCGAGAUGGACAUGAAGAUGAUCUUCAGGGCCUUUGGACCUGAUUUUAAGAAGAACUUCUUGUCCGAGGCCUUUGACAGCGUCCACAUCUACCCGCUCAUGUGCCGACUGCUCAACAUCUGGGCAGAGCCCAACAACGGGUCCCUGGAGCACACGGCCGACAUGCUGAUCACCAGCCACGGCGGACCUCGGAUGAGUCCAAUGAUAAUGACAACGACCGUGGUCUUCGUCUUCAUGUCCAUGCUGAUAGCUUAAAGCGGUAAAUCUCUGAGAUCCUGCCCACAAGGUCUCAUCUCCAGGAUGAUGCAGUCAUCGUUGACACCAGGUCCGGUUUCGGUUCCUCCGAAAGCUCCCCAAUGAUGAUGUCUGCUUAACAAUCAUAUGACGCGUUCCUAUGGAAGAUGCUCCCAAAUGGGCUUACAGAAUUGUGAUCACGAUAAUGAUUCAUUACUUAUUUGGCUUUUGCGUAUGCACAGUUGCACCCUGAAAAACCCAUGUAUUUUGUGCUGAAAUUAAAAUAUCUACACUAAUUA